AAAGAAGCCUCGCUAGUACAAUAUCGCUGGAUUCAUUCAAAAAAUCCAUGUUGCACAGCGCAUGCUUUGAGGAUUCGCGUUGUUUGAACCUACCGCCGAGCACACUUAUACAUUAAGACCCGUUACACAGUCAUGAUACCGCCGAGCAAGCUCAUUGCAUCAUCGGGUCUGCUUUACCCCCGUGAGUCUCGAUUACCUACCAAGAAGAAAGAAUAUAUCUGGAGCCAAGGAUUAUUUCUGAAUGAAUCAAUCCAUAUGAUGCUGAAGAAGAAAAAUAGUGACAUAAAGGAAUUUGAUAUCAAAUACCCACAUUCUUGUAAAAUGUGGAGACAUUAUGAACAAAGUAAAAUAGAUCAAUUAAUCUUAAUUUAUAGCAAGUAUCCAAAGUCUGGAAGUACAACCAUAACGCAUCUGCUGUAUAAUAUAACACUUAAAAAUGGAGUCAACUUCAGAUAUACAUUAUCUAAAGGUGCCCUUGGUUACAAGGGAAUUACUGGACUCCAAAAUCUUACAGGAAUUAUUAAAAAUUACCCUUAACCUGUUAUUUACAUUGCACAUGUUG